UUGUAGCAGACAGAAAAAUUCAUCGCAGACAUCUGAGACAUUAUUAUCCCCGAUAUGCCCAUUAUCAUUUCUUAACGGCGGUCGUAUGUUUACUUGCUUUCAGCAAAUGGUAAAGUCAAGGACAUAAAUGCAGAUAAUGUGGUCAUAUUUACCAGCCGCACCAUCAGUUGAUAUCUUUAUCGUGAUUUAGACAACAUUUAUCAGCUAAAUCAUCGAAUAGCUGGAGAUUUGCAGACUGAGGAAUAACAGUACCUGGGAUGAUAUAACCAUGUCAUGUAAAUCUGUGAGGUCAACAUUGUGAACUGUUGUGAAAUAUAUAAUGUAAAUACAGGACACACAUGUGUGAGAUAUCGUCCUAUCAUAUCCUGAUGUGAGGUUCUUGAUAUCUGUACAGGGCUUCAGGUAUUUGUGUGUCAAGUGGGGCAGUCCCUAAUAGACCUGUCAGUUAUGUCAAAUCUUCAGUGAGGACAACAGACUAGGGACACAGGAACACAAUGGCACUUGUUAGGGGGAUCCUCAGAGGUCUGGGCCGUGGCCUGAAAUCCCCUGUUAAUCGGGGUCUCUGGACCACCAGCAGCAGACAGUACAGUGAGGAAUCCGUGACCAGCAAUGGAGAAGACAAGCCAUCAGUUAAGGUGCCUUCCAGUGCUAGGGUGGUGAUCUGUGGUGGGGGGGUUCUUGGGACAUCCAUUGCCUACCAUCUAUCUGAACGAGGCUGGACUGAUGUGGUUCUACUGGAGCAGGGCAGACUGACUUGUGGUACCACAUGGCAUUCUGCUGGAAUGGUUGGUCAGGCCAAGGAUGAAGUGGAAGGGUCACAGCUGGUGGCCUACAGCAGACAGCUGUACAAACAGCUAGACAAAAGUCACGGAGUGGGAUGGAAAGAAUGUGGCAGUGUUUUUGUAGCACAGACUCAAGACAGAUUGACAUUUCUACAGAGAAAAAAUGCUAUUGCCUUAGCCACUGGUAUAGAGUCCCACCUGAUCUCACCAGAAGAGGCUGGAAAGCUGUGUCCCUGGAUCAGAACGGAUGAUUUAAAGGGGGCACUGUGGGUGCCUGAUGAUGGAGCGGUCACUCCGCCAGAUCUUGUGACAGCUUUCACCUCCAUCGCUAGGGAGAAAGGUGUAAAGAUCAUGGAGGGUGUGAAAAUAGAUAAAAUUCACACCAAAAAUGGUCGUGUAUCCCAAGUGACAACAUCCCAUGGUGAUAUAGACUGUGAAUACUUUGUCAACUGUGCUGGUCUGUGGGCAAGAGAAGUAGGGACAAAGUCUGAACCAAAUGUCAGAAUUCCUCUCCAUCCAAAUGAGCAUUUCUACCUGGUCACGGCACCCAUCAAAGGGCUGGACCCCUUAAUGCCAGUUGUACGUGACUUUGAUGGUCGGAUCUAUGCUCGGGAGUGGAGUGGAGGCCUGCUAGCUGGAGGGUUUGAACCACGAGGCAAACCAGUGUUCCAUAAUGGAGUUCCUGAUAAGUUUGAAUUUCAGCUUCUCCCAGAGGACUGGGAUCAUUUUCAGGUGUUGUUGGACCCAAUUCUGCAUCGCUUCCCAUGCAUGGAGACUGCUGAAGUGAGACAUUUGGUGAAUGGACCAGAAAGUUUCACUCCUGAUGGUCACUGGAAUCUGGGUGAAUCACCAGAGGUGAAGAAUUACUUUGUGGCAGCAGGCAUGAACUCCAUGGGUGUGGUCGGCUGUGGAGGGAUAGGGAAACAUCUGACUGAAUGGAUCAUUGACGGCGAGCCGAGCAUCAACCUCGCAGAGCAUGACAUCCUGAGAUAUGUUCCUCACCAUAGCAACAAGAAGUUUCUCAAGGAGAGAGUCAAGGAAACCAUUGCUCUAUAUGAAAUGCGGUUCCCAUAUGAAUAUUGGGAGACUGGGCGUAAACUGAGGACAUCGCCCCUACACACCACACUGGAGGUAGACGGGGCAAUCUUUGGGGAAACCAAUGCAUACGAACGACCCAUCUACUUUGCAAGACCUGAUGAUGAGUUUGCAAAUCAGUAUCGUCCUGGAAAAGGCUCCUAUGGCAAGCCACCCUGGUUUGAUAAUGUCAAGGAGGAGUACUGGGCUUGUAAGGAACGUGUCUGUCUCAUCGACAUGUCAUCCUUCUCAAAGUUUGAAGUCAAGUCCAGUGGGUCUGAGGCCUUACAGUUCUUGGAGUAUCUGAGUUCUAAUGACAUUGAAGAUAACAUUGGAGAGAUAAUCCACACGGGUAUGCAGAAUAACCGUGGAGGAUACGAGAAUGACUGUACUGUUGUACCUCUCGAACACAACCACUUUUUCAUAAUAUCCCCGGCAUCCCAGCAGACCAGAUCCCUAGCUUGGCUGCAGCGGUUCCAGCCUGAGGAUGGGUCAGUUCAGAUCCGAGACAUCACAUCAGCGUAUGCAGGGAUCAAUGUAAUAGGUCCUCAUGCCCAACAACUGCUAGCUGAUGUGACAGACAUCUCGACCACUCUGAAGGACUUCAAACCUAUGACAUGCAAGGUUAUAGAUGUUGGGUUUGCCAGUGAUAUCCGGGCCAUGAGACUGACACAUGGUGGAGAAGACGGAUUUGUCCUCUAUGUUCCCUCCGAGUAUGCACUCCAUGUGUACGACACAUUGAUGACUGCAGGGAAGGAUUACGGAAUUCGUCACGCCGGCUACUAUGCCCUGAAAUUUUUGCGUAUUGAGAAGUUCUAUGCAUACUGGGGCAUGGAUCUCACGACCCACACCACUCCUCUUGAGUGUGGCCGCGACUUCAGGGUCAAAUUUGAUGCAGGAGAUUUUAUCGGGAAGGAGGCAUUACUGAAGCAGAAGGAAGAGGGGAUCAGCCAAAGGUUUGUUCAGUUCUUACUGGAGGACUUCAAUGUUGACGAGGACGUGUGGCCUUGGGGAGGAGAACCAAUCUAUCGUAAUGGCAAGUUCUCUGGAACCACAACAUCUAGCGGGUAUGGAUUCAAGCUGGAUAAGAUGGUGUGUCUUGGUUUUAUCAGAGACUAUGACGAGCAGGGUAAGAGCGUCAUGUACAAAAACAUGAACCAAUUUGUAUUGGACAGGAAUGCAAAGUAUGAAAUAGCUAUUGGUGGUCGGAUGUUUGAAGCCAAAGUGCGUCUUUACACUCACAAGGCAGCCUACUCAGCCUCCGAGCCAGUCUUCAUCCCAGUCCCAUCAAUGAAUACCACAUGAAUGGAGUUUUACUACUGUGUGAAUGUUAGAUAUCUAAGGACACAGUUAUUGGACCUACAGUGAUACAGGUUAAGUCAACUUCAGGUAUUUAGAAAAUUAUCUAAUCACGUUAACAUCACUGCUGUAACAGUUACUCGCCAAAGAUUCUAUGAAGGACUUGUUCUCAAAGAAAUAUAAAAUCCUGUCAUGCUAGAAUCUAGCUCCAUGUAUGGUUAAAUCUUAAAACAGUAUCAUGUGCAAUAUCAUGUGCAAUUUGAUUUUCUUAUAAUUAGAUAAAGUUCUUUAAGUGUAAAUGUAAGUGUAUUGAUUUUGAAUUAAUAUCAUGAGCAAUUGCAUUUUUUUCACAUUAGUUGAAGAACUUCAGGUGCAGAUAAAAGUUUAUUAAAACUGACAAAAUUUGAUAAAGACUUAUUCUGUAAUGGAAUACCUGUCGAUAAAGAACUCUUCUGUAAUAAAAUUCUUGUCUGUAAAUGGCAGUGGUUCUAGUUCCCAUCUCUUUAGACAAUUAAACCUCCGCAAAUGUAACAUGUUUAAAGGUAUAGAAGCAGUUUUCAUUAAUAGAUUAUUGAAUUAAAUUAAAAGUCAAUAAAUAUCUGAGAUGGAUGACAAUUCAUGAACAAACACGGCUAAAGUGAAGAAAUGUAGAUGUACAUGUAUCCUUGUUGAUUAUUUGAUCAUUAAUUGUAAUUACUUACAUGAUGUGUGAGUCAGGUGUAGAGGAUAUAUAAUCAUGUACUAGAAAUAUGUCAUUAGAUUAACCUAAACAGAUGUUCUUAAUACAGGAUUUUUUAUUACUGUAAUCUGAAUGAUUCCAUCAAAAUAAGAAAAUAUUUGAUAUGAUAGAUUUAAUAUUUAUCGUCUUUAAUAAAUUAAUAAGAAAUUAGGUAGACAUGAUAAACUAUCAUCAUUAUUCACGAGUUAUCACUUAAACAGACUUUUUCUCUUAAACAAUAAUGUGUGUUUGGGAAGCCAUUAUUGUUUCCUUUCAAACUCGGACUGUGAUCAAAAUGUUUAUAACCCUGAAGCAUGUAGGUAUGCAGACAUGAUUUUUUGUUAUAAAACUUACCUAAAUGGGUGUUUAACCACAUGAAGAUAACAAGAUAGUUCACCAAAGCCUAGAGAAGUUUGACAUGAGGGUAACAUGAUAUCAGAGGUAUUCCACAUGAAGGUAACUUGAUAUUAGAGGUAUUCCACAUGAAGGUAACUUGAUAUUAGAGGUAUUCCACAUCAGGAAUUACACCUUGUAUGUAAAAUAGUGCAAAAUGAAAUAGUGCAAAAUGUAAAAUGGUGCAAGAUGAAAAAGUGCAAAAUGAAAUAGUGCAAAAUGAAAAAGUGCUAAAUGUAAAAUAGUGCAAAAUGAAAUAAUGCAAAAUGUAUACCAAAGAUUAUACUGUGUUCUGUUGAAUUCCUGCCGGUUUGGUAAUAUUUCUGUGUGACUGAGAUUGUUCUAGGUUAGAUUGAGGAUCAGGAACAAAUUCAGGUUUAACAUAAGAAUUAUGGUCUAUGUUGUUAAUACCCAGUAUGAUUAAUUGUAGCAUAAAAUACAUUCUAAAGAUUUUUUUUAACAAGUUCAAGCAUGUUAACUUUCCUGUAUAUUAAGUGUAAGCUUUUCAAGGUAUUGGCUAACUGGUGUCAUGUUUUUGUAGAGAAUCAUUGAUUUGUUGAACAGGAUUUAGUUUAAAGUUUACAAUCACUUUAAGGUUCAUGAAAAUAAUAAUUUGUGUUAAUUUUUUUUGUAAUUUUUGAUAGAUUUCAGUAUUAUUUAUCAUAAUAAUAUCUUUCUUUCCUUUAUAGUCCCAUACGUAUUGUAUUGCUGGAAUGUUUAUAUGUUUGUAUAAACCAAGAGAAUUUAUUCACGGUAAACAUGGUACAAUGUUGGUAAUGAAGGGCAUACAUUUCUCCAAGUCAACAAGUUAUACAUUCAAAAAGGUGUAAAAAUAAAAUUUGCAUAUUAUGUAGAUUGAAAUUGAUGCCAAGACAUGUAAUCACUAAAUUAUUUUUAUAAUAUUCAUGAUAAACUGUUUUUAAAGUUUUGAUUAAUUUCCAACUAUUAAAUGGAUAAUUCAUUUAAAUAUCAGACUUAAUAUUAUACUUUGUGUAUCUAUAUGUUAUUAUUUAAGUCUGCAUAUACCAGGUAUAGGUCAGUAACAAAAGGGCAUACGAACACAGACAACCUUUUAUGUCUGAUACUUCCAUGUAAUAAAGUAUGUUAUAUUACUU